AUGGCGAAAUUUAACGGGGGUAACUGCCCCACAGAAGAUGUUUCCAGUAACAGUCGAUCCUUCAAAAUCCCAGGACAAUCUACAGGAUUACAGACAAAGAAAGCAGCACUUGAGAAAUUUGCAAGUCGAGGAAAUGAAACUUCUCUUUCAGGACCCAGUAACUUUCACAAACCUGUUCAUCCUAAGCCUUCCCUGGGGGUCAAGCCUUCAACUGAUGAUAAAACAGAGAAGGAUCCAAAGCCCCCAUAUUUGAAACCCGUGGCACAAAUGUUUGGGGUUCAGCUUCAGGCAAUUAACAGAGAAAAUGAUGGAAAAUCUGGAUGCGCUAAACCCCCCACUCAAACCAGUGGCUUGUCAAAAGAAGACCCAAAGCCUCUGUAUCCAAAACUUCCAGGGAACAAGUUUCUUAACUCUGCUUCUCAUGAGAAAGAAAAAAAUCCUCUGGGAACAAAACCAGAUUCAAAUUUUGCACCACAUGAGAGUGUGGCAAAACCAGCAUUUUCAAAAGUGAUGGAAGUAAAGGAAAAGUUCAUGUCUGCAACACAAGAAAAUGAGCCCAAGCCUCUUUUCUCUAAACCGCCUCUUGCACAGAAACGUUCUCUAACCCAUGAAGUCCCCCACAACGAAGACACUUCUAAUAAGAAUGUUUUUCUGCAAAAAGGACUGUCAGGCCCUAGACCAAAUAUGCACUCAUUUAAAGCAGCAAAGGAAAUGGAUGAAAAUAGUAACCAUGCUGCAGAAGCUACAGACAGUCUUUUUUCUAAUGUGGCUCUGAAGCCUCCUGGACACUGGUCCAGCUCAUCUCAAGGCAUCCCAAAAAACAUGGAAGAAAAGACUGAAGAAAAAGGAAUCCAUGCUGCUAAGAACAUCUUUCUGAACAAAAUCAUCCAGGAAGAAUCAGGUUCUUCAUCUGAUAAGUACCAUAAGACGAACACAGCGCUUGCUGCAGGAAAGCCAUCAGGUGGAUCACAAGAGAAAGAGGAUGGGGAUAGAAGUUCAGGAAUUCCCAAGCGAAAAGCCUUGCCCCCGCUGUUCAAACUGGGCCAGCCCCCACAGAAGCCCAGCAGACCCCCCAGCGUGGACCUGGAAAGGUUCCGGAAGAGGCCAAAAGACAGUGACAGAAAGGAAACUGCUAGAGAGAAAAAUAGUAAAAGUGAAAAAGAAAAGAAAAGA